GACCCCCAGCGCUGCCGCACCCCCUCCCAGGACCCCCAGCGCUGCCGCACCCCGUCUCAGGACCCCAGCGCUGCCGCACCCCCUCUCAGGACCCCCAGCGCUGCCGCACCCCCUCCUAGGACCCCCAGCGCUGCCGCACCCCCUCCUAGGACCCCCAGCGCUGCCGCACCCCCUCCUAGGACCCCCAGCGCUGCCGCACCCCCUCUCAGGACCCCAGCGCUGCCGCACCCCCUCCCAGGACCCCCAGCGCUGCCGCACCCCCUCCUAGGACCCCCAGCGCUGCCGCACCCCCUCCUAGGACCCCCAGCGCUGCCGCACCCCCUCUCAGGACCCCAGCGCUGCCGCACCCUCUCUCAGGACCCCCAGCGCUGCCGCACCCCCUCCCAGGACCCCCAGCGCUGCCGCACCCCCUCCCAGGACCCCAGCGCUGCCGCACCCCCUCUCAGGACCCCCAGCGCUGCCGCACCCCCUCCCAGGACCCCCAGCGCUGCCGCAACCCCUCUCAGGACACCCAGCGCUGCCGCACCCCCUCUCAGGACCCCCAGCGCUGCCGCACCCCCUCUCAGGACCCCCAGCGCUGCCGCACCCCCUCCCAGGACCCUCAGUUCUGCCACCCCCUCUUCCGGAAAUCCGGCGCUGCCGCACCCCCUCCUAGGACCGCCAGCGCUGCCGCACCCCCUCCUAGGACCCCCAGCGCUGCCGCACCCCCUCCCAGGACCCCCAGCACUGCCGCACCCCCUCCCAGGACCCCAGCGCUGCCGCACCCCCUCUCAGGACCCCCAGCGCUGCCGCACCCCCUCCCAGGACCCCCAGCGAUGCCGCAACCCCUCCCAGGACCCCCAGCGCUGCCGCAACCCCUCUCAGGACCCCCAGCGCUGCCGCACCCCCUCCCAGGACCCCCAGCGCUGCCGCACCCCCUCCCAGGACCCCCAGCGCUGCCGCAACCCCUCUCAGGACACCCAGCGCUGCCGCACCCUCUCUCAGGACCCCCAGCGCUGCCGCACCCCCUCUCAGGACCCCCAGCGCUGCCGCACCCCCUCCCAGGACCCCCAGCGCUGCCGCACCCCCUCCCAGGACCCUCAGUUCUGCCACCCCCUCUUCCGGAAAUCCGGCGCUGCCGCACCCCCUCCUAGGACCCCCAGCGCUGCCGCACCCCCUCCUAGGACCCCCAGCGCUGCCGCACCCCCCUCUCCGGACCCCAGCGCUGCCGCACCCCCUCUCAGGACCCCCAGCGCUGCCGCACCCCCUCUCAGGACCCCCAGCACUGCCGCACCCCCUCCCAGGACCCCCAGCGCUGCCGCACCCCCUCCCAGGACCCCCAGCGCUGCCGCAACCCCUCUCAGGACACCCAGCGCUGCCGCACCCCCUCUCAGGACCCCCAGCGCUGCCGCACCCCCUCUCAGGACCCCCAGCGCUGCCGCACCCCCUCCCAGGACCCUCAAGAGUAGUGAACUUGAUGAGGUUAUAGAUGAGUUAGCUCAGUAUGAAGAAGAUAUUCGAGUUAAGCUUCUACCCUAUAAGAAGCAAAUUGCUAAAAACAAGCUGACAGUAACUUCCACUGUACGUACAGAUCCUGAGGUUAAAUUACCUCAAAUCAACAUACCCACAUUCUCUGGUGAUGAGAACGAAAGUUGGGAUGAUUUUUGGAAGUCUCUCCAAAAUUUCAGACUAGAGUUAGAGUCUUUACUCAAGGCCUUAAGCCUUAAAGUCCAAAUACAGUCAGCCGAAUGGAUGACUAAAGUAGUUGUUAAACGAAAAUUACCAAGAGAAACUUUAGAUAAGUUGUGGACUAUUUACAAUACGACCUUUUUGACUCUGAAAGAAAUCACAGAAGGUCUACAUACCUUAGUCGAAAGACAAAGAGCCAAUCAAGACGGGGAGAAAGUUACAAACUCCUCUACUAACUCUCAUCGUAGCUCAACUCAAGUUGACACUUCUAUCAAACCUAAACAGACUUUAAACAAGUCUAAUAAAUUUACAUAA